UGAGGAUGAAUAGAAGGCUAGGGGUUCCGGUGAUAUAUAACAUGAUCAUAUAACAUGGUCGACCAAGCCGUACUCUUCUGCUUCCAUUCAUCAUCUCCUCUUGAUCUUAGUCCUUAGUCCUCAGCCCUCAGCCCUCAGUUCUCAGUCAACGAAAAAAGAUGGCUCAAACAUCGCGCCUCUUCCAGCCACUGAAAGUGGGAAAUGCAACCCUCCAGCAUCGCCUGAUAAUGGCGCCCUUGACCCGUUUUCGCGCCAACACGGAGUACGUACCUCUCCCGUUCGUCAAGGAAUACUACGAGCAGCGCGCCUCGGUACCGGGGACUCUGCUCAUCACGGAGGGAACCUUCAUCACGAGGCGAGCAGGGGGGUAUCUUAACGUCCCGGGGAUUUGGUCCAAGGAGCAGAUAGCAGCGUGGAAGGAGGUCACGGACGCCGUCCACGCCAAGGGCUCUUACAUCUACGUACAGCUCUGGGCGUUAGGCCGCCCUGCUAACCCGGACGUCCUCAAGGCCGCUGGUGCCGAUCUUAUUUCCGCCAGCGCCAUACCGUACGAGGAAGGCAAGCCGGUUCCGAGAGAGCUAACGAUCGACGAGAUACGGUCGUUCGUGGCCGAUUACGCGCAGGCAGCUCGCAACGCGGUCGAGGCGGGCUUUGACGGCGUCGAGAUCCACGGGGCCAACGGAUAUCUAAUCGACCAGUUCAUCCAGGACGUGUCUAAUCACCGGCAGGACCAGUACGGCGGUAGCAUCGAAAAUCGCGCCCGCUUCGCAGUCGAGGUCGCCAGCGCCAUCGCGGAUGCUAUCGGUGCUGAAAAGGUCGCGUUUCGUAUAUCCCCUUGGUCUACGUUCCAAGGGAUGCGUAUGGAAAACCCGGUUCCACAAUUCACAUACCUAAUCCAGGAGCUGAAGAAGCUAAAGCUGGCGUAUUUACACGUCGUCCAAUCGAGGACCGUCGACGAGAUCACAGACAUAGAAGCUGCCGAGCAGGUUGCGUUUGUGAUCGACGCGUGGGACAAUAUAUCGCCUGUCCUCGUCGCGGGUGGCCUCCAACCAGAUGUUGCAAAGAGGAUAGUAGACGAGCGAUUCAAGGAUAAAGACGUCGCCAUGGUAUUUGGCAGGUAUUUCAUCUCUACUCCGGACUUACCGUUUCGGAUAAAGAAGGGUCUGCCCUUGAACCCUUACAACCGCGGUACCUUUUACAUCCCAGAAAGCAAAGAGGGCUAUAUAGACUAUCCUUUCAGCGAGGAGUUUAUCAAGGCGUCGGCCUAGGUGAUGAUGGCCCAGGAGAAAGCUUGAACCGAGUUAAUAUUGCGAGGUUUCACGGCCUAACGCUUCAGCUAAGUUGUGCGUAAUACGUACUACCGAACAAAGCAUCCUGUAUUAUCAGUUUAGCUUGAGGGUAGACUGUUUCGGAUACGCGAGAGGAAGGAUGUGGACCACGCCAUAAACGUGACGUUAGCUACGCGAAGACUUUGAGCGGGAGUACUAGGAGUCUAAGGAGACGAGGUUUAGUUCAAACCCUACAUUCUAGUGUAACUAAGAUCGACUAUCGACUGCUAGUUGUUGUAGAUUACCAGUCUGCCGCUUAUAUUUAGAACAGGUGUUCCAUCAUACAUAGUUCCAUCAUAUAAGUCUUCCAAGUCAUUGACGAUUUCAAGCCGGGGAUACAGCUACCGCAGUCUAUUCGUGCCACGACUCCAGUCACCAUAUGUACCUCUAAAAUAUGCAGAUUCUACGAAGGUGAGAAGUAGAUUCGUGUCGGGAUUCUAGAUGCGACAUCUAGAACAAAGAACAUAUUCAGUACGUAUAGACGUAGAUUCUCGCAGUCAGGUUAGAGUGAGGUGGUCCAAUCGCAUAUACGAAUUAGAUU